AUUGUGGCAAAGCAAUGAUGAGAAGAGGCAGUAUUUGGUGAAGUGGGAAGGCUUCCCAGCCAAGCAGCUGUGAGUCAGACCUUGAUGUUUGUGUCUGGCAUGAUUUUACUUCUCCACCCUCAAGCAGCUGUCUACCAGGAUCAGGGAGCAGAGAUGGAUAAGAUACUGGAAGCUGUAGUGAUGUCCUCUUACCCCAACAACGUGAAGCAAGGGCUUGUGAGGCGCGUCAUCGAGGCGGCGAAGCAGCCCAUGGACAGCGAGCAGUGCUGGUCCAUGCUGGAGCUGUCCACCAAGCUUUAUCUCACCGGGGACACCAAGUAUAAAAGAGAGAUUGGGAAAGAGGUUUUGGAGGUCUAUGGCCACUAUCACCCAGAGGAAUUUGAGGAGUUCUUCAACGUCCGCUUCCUGCUGAGUCUCCUCCAGGAAGGCUAUGGACCUCUGGGGAAGAGAAGCCAUUAUGUCCUUGAUUAUAUCCAGUUAGGACUGCAGUUUGUCCUGGAAAGCCCGUCAGCAAGCAGCAUCUUCAGCUUACUGAGGAUCGAGGUGCUCCGGAAAGUCUGCGAGAGGCCCAGCCCCAAGCAGUGUGCCAAGAUCAGCAAGCUCUUGACGCAGCACCCCCAGUGCAUUCCCACGGGAAAACACCAGCUCUUGUUCUGUCAGCAGCUGAUCCGGUGCAUCGGACAGUUCCAGUGCGUCUCCGACGGGGAAGAGGAGAUCAUGGAGUUUUUGGAGCAGGUGAACAAAGUGAGCGGUCUGCUGCAGAGGAUCUGGAGAACUCAGACCUCAGCCAUCCUGCCCUCUUUGAAAGAACUGUUCACUAUCAUUUCUUCAACAGAGGAACAGGAAGCACCCUCCAAUGCCUUGGCCAGUGUGGUUCAGUUUGUCCCUCUGGAGCUCAUGGAUGGCGUCAUAAGAAACCUCACCAAUGAUGACAGCAUCACUGAUGUGCAAAUGAUGAUGGCCAUUGGCAGGAUGAUUGACUGGGUGUCCUGGCCCCUGGGAAAGAACAUAGACAAGUGGAUCAUUGCUCUGCUGAAGGGUUUGGCUGCAGUGAAAAAGUUCAGCAUCUUGAUUGAAGUCACUCUUUCGAAAAUAGAAAAGGUCUUCUCCAAGCUGUUGUACCCCAUUGUGAGGGAGGGGGCUUUGUCUGUCCUGCAGUACAUGCUGCUGAGCUUCCAGCACUCCCACGAGGCAUUUCACUUGCUACUCCCUCACAUCCCCAGGCUGGUGGCCUCUUUGAAGAAGGAGGACUCCAAUUCUGCAACCAGCUCCCUGGAGCAGCUGGCCGAGCUCAUCCACUGCAUGUUCUUCCGUUUCUCAGGAUUCCCAGACCUCUACGAACCAGUCCUGGAGGCAGUUAAAGCUCUCCCGAUUCCAAAUGAAGACCGGAUUAAGCACCUCUUGGGACAAAAUGCUUGGACCUCCCAGAAGAACGAGCUGGCCAGCUUCUACCCACGCCUGGCAUCUAAAUCAGAGACGGGAAAGAUCGGGUUAAUUAACUUGGGAAACACCUGCUACAUGAACAGCAUCAUACAGUCUCUUUUCAUGGCUUCAGACUUUCGGCAUUCAGUGUUGAAUUUAACUGAGGGCAACUCCCAGCCCCUGAUGACAAAGCUCCAGUGGCUCUUUGCAUUUUUGGAGCACAGUCAGCGACCUGCCAUCUCCCCUGAGGGCUUCCUCUCUGCCUCCUGGCCACCCUGGUUCACCCCUGGAGCUCAGCAGGACUGCUCAGAGUACCUCAAGUAUCUGCUGGACCGAUUGCAUGAAGAAGAGAAAACUGGAAAAAGGAUCUACCAGAAACUCAAGGAAUCCAGCUUGAUGUCUCAGGCGGUGGAGCAUCAUUACUUAAAAAAGACAUUGAUUGAGAAGAUGUUUGGGGGUAAAAUGAUGACAAAGAUCCGCUGCUUGAAGUGCCUGAAUGUUUCCUCCCGAGAAGAAGCCUUCACAGACCUGUCCCUGGCUUUUCCUCCAUCGGACAGGAACCUGCGUGGGAGCACAUCUGUUCUACCAGUGGAAGAAAUCGGCCCACAGUUCAUUGAGCCUCCAGAAAAUGCUGGCCAGCUUAUGGGCUCUCCCUGGAUCCAGAGGAAGGCCCCCAUGGCCAGUGACCAUGCAGCCCCAUCGGUGUCAGUGGAAACAUUAGGUUUCCGGGAGCCAGGAGAAGCAGCCAAUCCCAUACAUGGCAAUGAUGUUGGGGUGGAUGCAGCCAAAGACCCUCUCUCAACUUUUGGGGAGCAGGCAUGUGCUCCUAAGGACUCCAGAUCUGUCCCAGAUUUAAUCAACUAUUUUCUAUCCCCGGAAAGACUGACAGCAGAGAAUAAAUACCACUGUGAGAAAUGUGCAUCCUUGCAGGAUGCUGAGAAGGUGGCAGAGCUGACAGAGGGUCCACACUACCUCAUCCUCACACUGCUGCGGUUUUCCUUCGACCCACGGACUAUGAAGAGGAAGAAGAUCUUGGACAAUGUCUCCAUCCCUGUGGUGCUCAAGCUACCCAUCCUUGUUGCUCCAGAGGAAACUGAGGAGGUUUGCCGGCGUGGGAAGGAUGGUGGUGUCCCAGGGAGUGGCUUCAUGACUGUUGUGUAUGACCUCUGCAGCGUGGUGGUGCACUCGGGCAUCUCCUCCGAGAGUGGCCACUACUACUGCUACUCCAGGGAGUGCACGGACACCGUCCUCCACCGGCAGCCCCGGGACGGGGUGCCAAAACCGGCCUCUGACAAACAGCUGGACUUUGAAAUCCAGUGGUACCUCUUCAAUGACACCAGAGUUUCCUUCUCCUCCUUUGAGUCGGUCAGCAACGUCACCUCGUUCUUCCCCAAAGACACUGCCUAUGUCCUCUUCUACCGGCAGCGGCCGGGCCGGCAGAGCUGCCUGCUGCACGAGGCUCUGGCUGAGGCUGGCCGCCUGCAUGGUGAACCCUCCCUCCACAAGGACUUGAUGGAAGCCAUUUCCAAAGAUAACAUCCUCUUCUUGCAGGAGCAGGAAAAAGAAGCGAGGAACAGAGCCGCCUAUAUUUCUGCCUUGCCGAAAUCCCCGCUGUGGUGGAGAGACUUGGACAGGGACAAGGAUGAUGACGGCUCGUCUGGGGGCUGCAGCCCAGCAGCGGGCGGGGGCGGAUCCGGCUCCUUCCAUGGACUCGUCUUUUAGCCAACGGCUCAAACCAGAUGGGCAGUGUCCAUGGGGCCAACCCAAAGCCAGAGGCUUCUCUUCCUCACCCCGAUGACAGUGAGCAUCUUGGAAGGGGAUUUGUAAAACAUUUCAAUGGAAAAGGUCUCAGGGGCUGAUUUGGAGGCACCUGGAGGGUCUCGCUGCUUCCUGUGCACUUGGUCUUCAUGCCUUAAUGUACCUAAGCUAACGCAGAGAUGAGCAGCUGCCAGCAGCUCGGAGAAGUGCCCUUUUGCUUCAACAUAGCCAUGUCUUGCCUGCUGUGAGUCAUGCCACCAGCCUGGGGAGGUGGUGGGAAUAGGCAUGGAGAGGAAGACUCCAGGGCCCCAGGAUGGAGAUGUCCCAUGCACAUCCUGUCUGCAGCCCUUCCCGUCGUGCCAAGUUGGUUCUGGGGUGACCUCUGCUCAGUCGUUAUAUUUCUUCUUAAUGUGGUUUGGGAAAAACUCUGAAGGUAGAAAAAAGUAUGAAAAAUGCCAAAACGUAGCAGUGCUGGUCUGCGAGGCAGUGAGCUUCUAAGACAAGCAACGACAGGUCAGCCAGAGGAGGUUUAUGCUGCAUUGCAGGACACCCAAAAGAGACUGAGGGGCACAAAUCCUUCCAGCCAAGGGAGACUGACCUGAUCCAGUUAGGGUUUCCGGGCUCCAGUGAAGACCCAUUAUGUUACUGAUGACUUCUGGAUGAUGUUAGUGUGCAUGGCAGGCCAAGACACAGCUGUUUUUCCAGAUGUAUCUUUAGGACUCAUUUAGUCUCUUUCUGCUGCUGUCAUUUUAUGGCUUUAUGGGCUGGAUCUGCCCUUUAAAAUUUGAGUUUUCCCUUAGGAUACCCUAAACUGAGCAACAGAUGACAGAGCACCCCCUAAACUCAUGAUCUAUUUUUUUUUUUUUUAAAUGCUGAUUUGCAAGGUGAGUAGCCCAACCAGAUAUGUUAUAUCAAUCCAGUAUCAAUAUAUACUAUGUAAACCAAUGUAUUCUAUAAAUAAAUAAUGGAACAGGGGCUGAUUUUGAUGGCAGAUGGCCAACUCAAGUCCCAGACAGCACAUCUACAGGACCACAGCUCCCUCCCAUGUCCCUCCCCAGCUGUUUUCCCCUGUCUGCUCUUCCCUCACACCUGUAGUAGAGAUUUCUCUGGCUCAAGUGGCUGAAACUUGUGCCUUAGGUCCUAAGUGCAGGGCUUAAUCCUGACCAUGGGGUAUUGGGGUAGGAGUAUUGUGUUUUUGUGGAGGAAAAGGUGAAGCACAGACAUUGCUAUGGAUAAUGUGAGCAGAAAGUCUGCUAGAGAGGACACUUGGGGUCAAGUAUCUGGU